CACAAUGGCAGUCUAACUGCACGAGCCAUUGACCAUUGGAUAACUUUAUGAAAAUAGCAAGGAACAAGGAAAAAUUCUUCAGACAGCCUGGUCGGCGGCACCAUGUCGCGGACGUUACUUUUCUUAGGAACACUAUGUUUUGCAUUACUAUGCCUUCCAAACAACACCCACGCUUUGAAGUACACUCCAAUGGCUUCCACUCAUCAUGAAGUAGCCAGCGUACAUCAAAUCCGACGGAGUGUCCUACCAAUACCCAAAAAGAUCAUCCAUGGCGCCCAUCACGGGAAGGCUAGCGUCAAUCAAGGCACUGAGAGUCCACCAAUGCGGCACAAAGUGACUCACCACAGAAAGGCUGCCGUCCUUCUAGGCAUUCACAGUCGUUCACCAAUGCACAAAGUGACUCACCAUAAGACUGUCGUCCAUCAAGGCCACCACAGUGUCUCACCAAUGAACAAAUUGACCCAUCAUUUUAGGGCAAGCAAAUCGCAUCCCGAUGGAAAAGGAAAAGGCCUGAAGAAAUCCAAGAAGGCCUGUAAAAAUAUCGCCAUCGGAGCCCAAAAAAAAUGCGACCAUGGCAAGGUUUGGAACGGAACCAGAUGCAUAGUGAAACCGAACUGCAAAGGGAAAAUGACUUGGAAUGGCCAAAAGUGUGUCCCCAAAUCUCUGUGCAAAGGUAGAAUGGUACGGGUCAACAAUAAGUGCGUACGAAAGCCAAAGUGUAAAAAGUACCACGUCUUCAACGGAAGAAAAUGUACACGCCAAAUCGAAUGCGUGAGGUAUCACGCAUGGAACGGUGAGAAGUGCGUCCGACAACAGAGGUGUUCUAAAGGAGAAUACUUCAACGGAAGGAUCUGCGUUAGCAUAUCGGAAUGCAAGGGAAGAAACAUAUGGAAUGGACGGAAAUGCGUCAGCAAAUCCAAAUGCAAACCAGGACAAGUUUGGAGAAGGAACCGCUGUGUUCGCCUGCCGAGAUGCAGCAAGAGAAAGGGUUUUGUAUUCAAUGGAAAGCGUUGCAUCUUCCAAGGUCGAUGUCAGAAGUACAAGAAAUGGAACGGGCACAAGUGCGUGCCAAAUAAAAUCAAAUGUAGAAAAGGUCAGAGAUUUAAUGGUAAGAGGUGCGUUGAUGUUCGACCACCAGUGCGACCUUGCAAACCUGGAUAUAAACGGAUACGCGGCAAAUGUCGUAGGAUUAGCGUGCCAAAUCCGAGAUGUGGGCAAGGCAAACGUUACAAUAGAAAGCUCAGAAGAUGUGUUCCUAUAGUCUCCAAGCCUUGCAAAAAGGAGGGCUACAAGCGAGUCAAUGGGAGAUGUAUUAGACAGAGUCGUUGUGGAAAACGGCAACGUUGGGACGGAAAACGGUGCAUCUACCACGCUGCAUGUCGAACUAAUAUGGUUUGGAACGGAAAACGAUGCGUUACGAAAUCUAAAUGCAAGACUGGUUUUGUUUGGCGCAGAGAAAAGUGUGUCAAGAAACCUCAUUGUGGGCGAGGAACCAAGUUCAACGGAGAGAUAUGUGUCCCACAGAAUAUGUGCAAAAACGGCCGAAGAUGGAAUGGCAGGAAGUGUGUAGGAAAAAGGUGUCCUCCUGGAACAAGAAGAUACAAAGGGAAGUGCAUACCUCAUGCAAGCGGAUGUAAAAAAGGGUUCAGAAAGGUCGGAGGAAAAUGCAUCCCACGUAGGUGCAGACGAGGAUACAGAAGAAUCAAAGGGAAAUGCCGCAAAGUGCCAGUGAGAUGUCGCCGAGGAUAUAAACUGCGGAAAGGACGGUGUGUCCGGAACAUCCACAAAUGCCAUAAAGGAUAUAGACGAUACAGAGGACGAUGUAUCAAGCAGAGGAAAUGUACUCAUGGGCAAGUUUGGAAUGGGAUGCGUUGCAUUAAGAGACUGAAAUGUAACAAAAAGACUCAGAGAUGGAAUGGAGAGACUUGCGUUCCAAAGGCAAAAUGUCCCGGUAAAAACCUCGUCUGGAAUGGAAAGAAAUGUACUCGUAAACAGCUUUCUCUUAUUACAGCCAAGUGUAAGCGAGGGUACCGAUUCAACAAGAAGAAAUGCAUCAGGCAGAAUAGAUGCAGACGAAACUCCAAAUGGAAUGGCAAGACUUGUGUUCCGGAUAAACCAGUUGAAAAGUCUGUCUGCAACCUUCCCAAGAAGACCGGUCUCUGCAAGGCGGCCUUCAGGAAGUACUACUAUAACGCCAGCUCGGGAACCUGCUUACAGUUCAUCUAUGGUGGUUGCGGAGGCAAUGGUAACAACUUCCGCACAAAAGCUGAGUGCGAAAAGCGAUGUAAAAAGGGAAAGAAAUGCCAACCUGGAUACAGAAAGGUCGGAGGAAAAUGCAUCCCACGUAGGUGCAGACGAGGAUACAGAAGAAUCAAAGGGAAAUGCCGCAAAGUGCCAGUGAGAUGUCGCCGAGGAUAUAAACUGCGGAAAGGACGGUGUGUCCGGAACACCCGCAAAUGCCAUAAAGGAUAUAGACGAUACAGAGGACGAUGUAUCAAGCAGAGGAAAUGUACUCAUGGGCAAGUUUGGAAUGGGAUGCGUUGCAUUAAGAGACUGAAAUGUAACAAAAAGACUCAGAGAUGGAAUGGAGAGACUUGCGUUCCAAAGGCAAAAUGUCCCGGUAAAAACCUCGUCUGGAAUGGAAAGAAAUGUACUCGCAAACCCAAGUGUAAGCGAGGGUACCGAUUCAACAAGAAGAAAUGCAUCAGGCAGAAUAGAUGCAGACGAAACUCCAAAUGGAAUGGCAAGACUUGUGUUCCGGAUAAACCAGUUGAAAAGUCUGUCUGCAACCUUCCCAAGAAGACCGGUCUCUGCAAGGCGGCCUUCAGGAAGUACUACUAUAACGCCAGCUCGGGAACCUGCUUACAGUUCAUCUAUGGUGGUUGCGGAGGCAAUGGUAACAACUUCCGCACAAAAGCUGAGUGCGAAAAGCGAUGUAAAAAGGGAAAGAAAUGCCAACCUGGAUACAGAAAGGUCGGAGGAAAAUGCAUCCCACGUAGGUGCAGACGAGGAUACAGAAGAAUCAAAGGGAAAUGCCGCAAAGUGCCAGUAAAAUGUCGCCGAGGAUAUAAACUGCGGAAAGGACGGUGUGUCCGGAACACCCGCAAAUGCCAUAAAGGAUAUAGACGAUACAGAGGACGAUGUAUCAAGCAGAGGAAAUGUACUCAUGGGCAAGUUUGGAAUGGGAUGCGUUGCAUUAAGAGACUGAAAUGUAACAAAAAGACUCAGAGAUGGAAUGGAGAGACUUGCGUUCCAAAGGCAAAAUGUCCCGGUAAAAACCUCGUCUGGAAUGGAAAGAAAUGUACACGCAAACCCAAGUGUAAGCGAGGGUACCGAUUCAACAAGAAGAAAUGCAUCAGGCAGAAUAGAUGCAGACGAAACUCCAAAUGGAAUGGCAAGACUUGUGUUCCGGAUAAACCAGUUGAAAAGUCUGUCUGCAAGCUUCCCAAGAAGACCGGUCUCUGCAAGGCGGCCUUCAGGAAGUACUACUAUAACGCCAGCUCGGGAACCUGCUUACAGUUCAUCUAUGGUGGUUGCGGAGGCAAUGGUAACAACUUCCGCACAAAAGCUGAGUGCGAAAAGCGAUGUAAAAAGGGAAAGAAAUGCCAACCUGGAUACAGAAAGGUCGGAGGAAAAUGCAUCCCACGUAGGUGCAGACGAGGAUACAGAAGAAUCAAAGGGAAAUGCCGCAAAGUGCCAGUGAGAUGUCGCCGAGGAUAUAAACUGCGGAAAGGACGGUGUGUCCGGAACACACGCAAAUGCCAUAAAGGAUAUAGACGAUACAGAGGACGAUGUAUCAAGCAGAGGAAAUGUACUCAUGGGCAAGUUUGGAAUGGGAUGCGUUGCAUUAAGAGACUGAAAUGUAACAAAAAGACUCAGAGAUGGAAUGGAGAGACUUGCGUUCCAAAGGCAAAAUGUCCCGGUAAAAACCUCGUCUGGAAUGGAAAGAAAUGUACACGCAAACCCAAGUGUAAGCGAGGGUACCGAUUCAACAAGAAGAAAUGCAUCAGGCAGAAUAGAUGCAGACGAAACUCCAAAUGGAAUGGCAAGACUUGUGUUCCGGAUAAACCAGUCCACAAAUGCCGUAAAGGAUAUAGACGAUACAGAGGACGAUGUAUCAAGCAGAGGAAAUGUACUCAUGGGCAAGUUUGGAAUGGGAUGCGUUGCAUUAAGAGACUGAAAUGUAACAAAAAGACUCAGAGAUGGAAUGGAGAGACUUGCGUUCCAAAGGCAAAAUGUCCCGGUAAAAACCUCGUCUGGAAUGGAAAGAAAUGUACACGCAAGCCCAAGUGUAAGCGAGGGUACCGAUUCAACAAGAAGAAAUGCAUCAGGCAGAAUAGAUGCAGACGAAACUCCAAAUGGAAUGGCGAGACUUGUGUUCCGGAUAAACCAGUCCACAAAUGCCGUAAAGGAUAUAGACGAUACAGAGGACGAUGUAUCAAGCAGAGGAAAUGUACUCAUGGGCAAGUUUGGAAUGGGAUGCGUUGCAUUAAGAGACUGAAAUGUAACAAAAAGACUCAAAGAUGGAAUGGAGAGACUUGCGUUCCAAAGGCAAAAUGUCCCGGUAAAAACCUCGUCUGGAAUGGAAAGAAAUGUACACGCAAGCCCAAGUGUAAGCGAGGGUACCGAUUCAACAAGAAGAAAUGCAUCAGGCAGAAUAGAUGCAGACAAAACUCCAAAUGGAAUGGCAAGACUUGUGUUCCGGAUAAACCAGUCCACAAAUGCCGUAAAGGAUAUAGACGAUACAGAGGACGAUGUAUCAAGCAGAGGAAAUGUACUCAUGGGCAAGUUUGGAAUGGGAUGCGUUGCAUUAAGAGACUGAAAUGUAACAAAAAGACUCAGAGAUGGAAUGGAGAGACUUGCGUUCCAAAGGCAAAAUGUCCCGGUAAAAACCUCGUCUGGAAUGGAAAGAAAUGUACACGCAAACCCAAGUGUAAGCGAGGGUACCGAUUCAACAAGAAGAAAUGCAUCAGGCAGAAUAAAUGCAGACGAAACUCCAAAUGGAAUGGCAAGACUUGUGUUCCGGAUAAACCAAAGAGAAAAUGCGGUCCAGGUUUCUUGAAGGUCCACGGAAAAUGUCAUCGUAUUCCAAAACAUAAGUGUCGCGGACACCACAAACACGACAAACACGGAAACCAUAAACUUCACAAACAUAAACACCACAAACACGGAAACCACAAACUUCACAAACAUAAACACCACAAACACGGAAACCACAAACUUCACAAACAUACACACCACAAACUUAACAAACUUCACAAACAUAAACACCACAAACUUCGUAAACAUAAACAUCACAAACUUCGUCUUCUCACUCGCAAAACACGUCGUCAUCAUUACAAACGCUACAAAGCCAACAAACCUAGACCACACAAACGUCCUCACAAAAGACGCCGCACACGACACAUGCCAAAAGUUCGUCACCGCAAAGUCCACAUACCUAAACAGCACAAACGUCAUAGCAAUAGACGACAACGGACCCGCCCGAAAAGGAAUCGGAGGUUCGUCGGCUCCUAAAGGCUGUACCAACGUGACGUAUUAAGUGACUAGCGGAGGAUACUAGCGGAUACCGCACAGGAGUUGAUUUGAAGAAGUUGACGAUGUGUAUCACUUGAUGCGGCAAUGGCAAUGAUUCCUGCACCAGUCUUUGAAAAAAAUUGAUUGAAGUAAUAAACAAG